UGAAUAAUCGAAUCAGAAUCUCGCUAGUCGUUAGUCUCGAUCUCGGUUCUAAGAUAGACCAUUUGAAGGUGAGGAAGGUCAACUGAAGAAUUACUUGAAUAAUAUUUAAUAUACGUCAACUGUGUUCGAAGCAAGAUGAAAUAUCAAAAGAAUCGCGAAGUAACGUGGACCAUUCUAGAACUCAGAGGUCUGCUAGAAGAUGAGGAUUCUCACGUGCACUUUGUGAGGACCAUCAAGCACGUUGCAUUACAUCCAUAUCAUUUGAACAACAUUCAGCGAGGUCUAAAUCAGAUUUUAAGAUCGUUGUUGAAUGCUUAUGACAGAGAAUUGAAAGGAUUUGUACUGGCUUUUAAAAAUCCUAAAUUGCUUAGCAAUCUGGGAGAAUUGUUUUAUGAUUCUCCCUUUAUUCAUGUCAACAUUGAAGCAGAUUUCUAUUUGUUCCGUCCAAAGACUGGAUUUUUUCUGAAAGGUAUAGUGAAUAAGAAAAGCUUGGACUAUAUUGUAAUGCUGGUACACAAAAUAUAUACCGUAUCUAUUCCGAAACCAGAUAAUACAGAUCAAUGGUUAGGUGAGUCAGUGGAGAUUGGUCAGGAAAUAAGAUGUUGCGUCACUCAACUACAUCAUAAGAGCAAACCUCCUUUCAUCUGCGCCAGUUUGAAAUCCGAUUAUUCGCAAGGUUGUAGAUUGUCAGAAAGCAUAAUUAAUAUUGAUGUGGACAGUGCAAUUGGACGUACAAAUAACUCUAUGAAGAUUGACAUUGAUGGAAUAUUGGAAAAUGAUGGCAUAUCUGAGAAAGAGAAGAAAAAACAGAAAAAACACAGAAAAAAACACAAGUUGCAGGAACGAAAUUCAGAAGUUGUUUGUAAAAUUGAAAAUGAAUCAGAAUUUAACGUAGGAAGCAAUACAUCUGCAAUUAUUAAAUCUGAAAAUAAACAGCAAUGUAUUUUAUUAAAUACUGGUGUAGACAGUGCAACUGAAAGUACAAAUAACUCUAUGAAGAUUGACAUUGAUGGAAUAUUGAAAAAUAAUGGUAUUUCACAGAAAGAAAAGAAAAAACAGAAAAAACAUCAGAAAGAACACAAGUUUCAGGAGCGGAAUUCAGAAGUUGUUUGUAAAAUUGAAAAUGAAUCAGAGUUGAACACAGGAAGUAAUACAUCUACAAUUACUAAAUCUGAAAAGAAACAGCAAUGUAUUUUAUUAAACAUUGGUGUGGACAGUGCAACUGAAAAUAACUCUAUGAAGAUUGAAAUUGAUGGAAUAUUGGAAAAUGAUGGCAUUUCUGAGAAAGAGAAGAAAAAACAGAAAAAACACCGAAAAAAACACAAGUUUCUGGAACAGAAUUCAGAAGACGUUUGUGAAGUCAAAAUUGAAAAUGAAUCAGAGCUGAACGUAGAAAGCAAUACUUCUGCAAUGAUUAAAUCUGAAAACAAACAGCAAUGUAUUUUAUUAAAUACUGAUGAUUCUUUAAAUAAUUUAGAAGUCGAUAAUACAAAACAUAAGACAAACAAGAAAAUAUCCAAAUCGCUACUUAAUAAUGAAUCAAUUUUGGAUGAAUUUACUGAGUCACAUAAAGCUGCAAAGAGAAAAAAUUCCAUUCUAUUAGAUAGUAUUACUGAAAUAGAGAUAAAAAAGGAAAAGAAAUGUGAAGAAACCUGAUUCAGAACUUAUAUUAACUUAUAUUAACAAAGAAAACGAAGAAGAAAUAGUUAAUAGUGCAAGGAAUAUUCUCUAUCUUAAAUGUGAAGAAAAGCAACAUAUGCUUAAGUAUUUAUUAAACGUCAAUGCUUUUUCAAAUAAUUUAGAAAGUAGUGUAUCUGCAAAAUAUACGAAUAGCAAGAAGCCACCUAUAAUGUCAAAUUCGCAAGAGACUCACGUUGUUAAAAUAAUGACUGCAAAAUAAGAUCUAUGUAUAAACAGAAUUAUUAAAAGAAAGAGCAAAAAGUCAAUCAUAUAACGAGACUCAAGUCGACAAAAUUUGAAUGAAACUUUUAAAAUGUCUAAGUUUCGAAAAAAGGAAAUUUCAUUAAAUACGUCACUUUUGACAAAAAAAAAAAGGAAAAAAGAUCCUAAGAAACAUAAUUCAAGAGGCUCACGAUCAAAAUCUAUCGAAAAGAUCCUAAGAAACAAUAUGACAUGAAUUAAUGAUGUCCGUAACUUCAGAUAAGGAAAGGAAAAAAA